AUGCACGUGCCACAAAUGGAGGGUGGCUACUCUGACAAUGAUCCUAUAGUAGACGAUUUCGACGACUUUGUGUCGCCAAGUUCAGGGCCAUGGAAUUCGGUGGCGGUGCAGAAUCGUACGGUGACCGAUACUAUGCCCAUGAGUGGACUGACAAAGGGGGGCAGGCUGCACUACAUUCGCCUGUACGCCGAUAAUUGCUACAAUGGAACUGACGUGACGUUUGAUAAGCUCGACAAGGACUUUGAAAAUCUGGAGCCGGGGGAUGAAAAGGGCACAAACGACUGGAGCGACCCCAACAUGAUGGAAAUGGUGCCAGAACUGUUUGAAAAUCUGACUACGCAUUUGCGCGCCGAAAAGAGGUGGCUGCAGCUGGGGUUUGGGUUCUGGAGCAAUUUCCACGUGUCUAGAAUUACCAUGAAGCCGGGCGUGAACUUUCCCACCGCGGAGCAGAUCGACACGCUGUUUAGUAUUGUCAAGGCCCACCGAGGUACGCUGCAGGUCGCGGUGAGUGUUGGGGUCGGGGAUGACGAGGGGUACGAUUCCGCGUACGAAACCAAGCUGUACAAUGGGUGCAAUUACGACGAGCGCGUGUAUACGAUGAAGGGCGGUGAGUUCUCAAACGGCGAGGGUACACUGGACUCAAUUAUGGACAUGACGAAACAGCUGAUGAAGAAACGGGCGAUGCACUACAUUAUGCCAAACGGGACUUCGGAAAUCAUGUCGUCUAGUAGUAGCAAGGUCCAAGAACUUUCGGCGUAUAUGGGCUACCGCCUUAAGGUCGCGUCCGUGGACACGAUUAGCGAUGGAUACACGCGACUGAUGGUUACGAAUGUUGGGAUUGGGCCGACGCUGUACGACCUCAAUGUUGUGCACGAGAAUGUCACGUUUGAGCCGGCCCUAGUCCGACUAAAUCCGGGGGCGAGCAGGUAUGUGUAUGGUAAGAUUAUUGUGGGUGACAAUGCGUCGUUUGAGGCGGAGGGGUCAAGAUAUUUGGGAGGCGUCAAGCUCUUAUAA